AUGAAGUGGCAAAAAGUCAAAUACGAAGGAGGAAAAAAAUCUUCCAAAAAUAAAUAUUUUGGUUAUUCUCAACAAAAUCUUAGUGACGCUUUAGAUGCUGUUGCGAAAGGAUUAUCUAUAAGAGCUGAGAGUAAAAAAUUUCAAUUGCCUUUCUCUACCGUAAGAUGUAAGGUUAAAGACAUUUAUGCUAUUGGAAAAAAAAGUGGCCCGAGUACUGUUUUGACUACUAAAGAGGAACAACAAUUAGUUGAAUGGAUACUUUUCGUUGGCAAAAAAGGUUUUCCGUGUACUAAAGACAUGCUUAUUAACAGUGUCAAAUUAUUAAUGAAGGAGUUGAAACGGAAAAAUCCGUUCACUAAUGAUAAACCAGGGAGGAACUGGCUCGAAGCUUUCUUAAAGCGUCAUCCUGAGCUUUCUCUACGAACACCUCAAAAUCUAUGUGAAAGGCGAGCUCAAGUUACCGAGGAAAAACUACGUGGCUGGUUUCACGAAGUUGAAGAUUAUCUCCGGUCGAAACAUUUGUUGGAUAUUGACCGAUCUAGAAUAUUUAAUUGCGAUGAGACAGCGUUUUUCCUGAAUCCAAAGGAAAAUAAAGUAAUUACUGAUAAGAAGUCUAAAGGUAUAUAUAAUUUAGUAGGCGCAAAUGACAAGGAAUGUUUAACAGUAUUGAUUACAGGUAAUGCAGAUGGACAGAUAUUACCACCUAUGGUAAUGUUCUCAUACCAGAGAUUACCUGCUAUCAUUAUUGAGAAAGUACCUAGAGGUUGGAGCAUUGAGAGGUCCGAUAAUGAGUGGAUGACGGGAGAAUCAUUUUAUGAAUACACGACCAAUGUAUUCUAUCCAUGGUGCUUACAAAGUGGAAUUCAGUUUCCUAUAAUCAUGUAUUUGGAUGGACACUCUUCAUAUGCUACGAUGGCAUUGAGUGAUUUUUGUAUAGCACACGGGAUCGAACUCAUAUCCAAACUCAACGCACAUUACACAACCCAUAGAUGUGGCUUUAUUUCGACCUUUGAAGGAUGCCUGGAAAAAAGCUGUUUCUAAUUAGAGGAUUCAAAAUGAUGGCAAUAUGAUCAAAAAAUCAGACUUCGCUCCACUUUUAACCCUUAUGUCAAUACCCGGGUACCCGGG